CCUUCUUUUCAUUCGAAGAGGCGGAAGAGCAUAUCCAGGUUUUAUACCUUUCUUUCAUCGUAUUGUUUCGCCACUCUACUUCCUUUUUCUUCCCCAAAAUUCAUUCACAGCACAGACUCAGAUUUUCAAUCGUCGCAACCGCAUCCAAAGUUUCUUUCUAAUUGGGGGCAAAAACCACAAAACGAUUUUCUUGUCUCUGAACCGAGGAAUAUGGGUGACAUGGAGCAAGACAAUGAAAAUAACAAAGAGACUAUGAUAGAGCAGCUUGCUCAGGCGUGUGUUGAAUUGGAGGCUCGGAAUGGCGCUUCUGAGGAUAAGGUUCAAUGGGUUGAAAUCAAGCAACAUUUCUUUGACCUUGAGAUGCUAUUGAACAAGAAAAAUGAAGAGCUGCAGGCUAAGGAGAGGGAGUAUGAAGAGAAACAAUUAGAAACAAAUACAUUGCUCUCCCAGAGAAAGGCGGCGGUUACUUCAAAGGAACAAGAUCUAUUAGAUCGUUUGCAGGAGCUUAAAGAUGCUGCCGUAGCUUCCAUUGUAGAGGCUCGUCCAAAUCACGAGACUACACCUUUGGAGUUUUUUGUGUAUGAUGAUGGGGAGAACCAAGAUAACAAGGUAAACAGCUCCCCUGAGGACUCUCCUUAUAAGUCAGGUGAAAAGUCUGAAGGUGUGGCUACUGAGGUUACGUCACAUCUAGAGUUGAAAUUUUUUUGUGAGAAAAUGGAUGCGAAUGGUCUUCUGGAUUAUGUUGUGGCACAUAAGAAAAAAGUGACUGUUUUUCGUGAAGAAAUUUCGGUUGCAUUAGAAAGUGCAACUGAUCCAGCACGUUUGGUGCUUGAUUUACUAGUGGGGUUUUAUCCCGCCAAUGAGACUACCCAACAAAAAGAUACAAUGGGUGCUGCCCUUCAGGGCAAGCGCAAAUCCUCUAUUCUAAUUUUGGAAGCCUUGGCCAGCUUAUUGGCAAGGGCUAACCCAGGUGCAGAUCACCUUUUGAACCCUGAAACCAAGCAGCAAGCCAAGGCAAUGGCUGAUGAGUGGAGGCUCAAGUUAGCUAGUGCGGACAUUGAUGCUGCCAAUGGACAUUCAUUGGAAGCAGAGGCAUUCUUGCAGCUUCUUUCAACUUUUAGAAUUGCUUCAGAGUUUGGUGAAGAAGAACUCUGCAAGCUUGUACUUGCAGUUGCUCAGAAUAGGUCGGCACCUGAGCUCUGCCGCUCUGUUGGGUUAACUCACAAAGUGCCAGGUCUUGUUGAAAUACUCAUCAACAAUGGUAAACAGAUUGCGGCUGUACAUUUUAUUCAACUCUUCCAGCUUCAAGAAAGCUUUCCCCCUGUGCCCCUCCUGAGGACAUACCUCAAAAACCAAAGGAGAAAUUCACAAGUAAAGGCUGAUAAUGUGCGGGAUAUUGCUACUGCAAAGAUUGAUGCCAAUGCACAAGAGCUUGCAGCACUGAAAAUUGUAAUUAAGUGCAUUGAAGAAUACGAUUUCGAAUCCGAGCACCCACUUGAUACACUCCAUAAAAGGGUUCAUCAACUAGAGAAAUCAAAGACAGAAAAAAGGAGAGGUGGAGAGUUUUUCAAACGUCCACAACAAUCAAAGAGGCCAAGGCCUAAUGAAAGGCAUUUUCCACCCCGUUCCUCUGGUCGUGGUGGUGCUUCAGCUGUUGGUACGGGUAGGCAGAUUCCCCCUGUUAGGACAGCAUAUGCAGGAGCUGCUGACAGGUAUCCCCAUUAUAGUGCAGUCGCACACGAGUAUCAAGUUCCUCAACCAUCUAUAUACACUCAGCCCGCCAGUGCAACUCCUCCUAACUAUGGUCGUUAUAUUGGUAGUAGUUUGCAACCCUCACACCAGCAUUACAUGUGAUUUGUUUACAUCCAAGCAUUACUGAAAAGAUUUGAGGCAUGCUAGCUGAUCAAAACAUUAGUAAUUCUACCCCUACUUUUUAGUAUGUUUCCUUUUGUUUUUGUUUUGUUUGAGUUUCUUAUGAUAUCAGAAAGCAGGUGUACUCUUAUAUUUAUAUCUAAUGAUCACUUUUGAAGUGCAUGUUAAAAUUUGGUGACA